AUGACAAACUUAGAAACACAACCAUAUGACCCGUUUAUGGCUAAGGCAACAAAGUCAGAAGCUAGGCUCACCAAGCUCUUGGAGACCUUCCAAAAUUACACAGCCAACAGUGACAUACUUAGCUCUGAUACAACUAUAGUAUACUUAGUCUUGAAGUCAAAUUUCAUUUUGAAUAAUACCCAGAUUCGAGUGCUUUUGGGGUUAGGUGAUAAAAAUAAAGUGAAUGACGUUAUCUACCAUGGUAUUCAAAGAGAUGUUAAAUAUGCCGCUAGCAAGCUCUUCUCAAUAGGCAAAUUCUCGUACUUACUUGAAAUGCCGUUGACGGACCUAAAACAGCUCUGCUAUGAAAUUGCAUUGAAAUACAAGACAAUAUUCUUCGUCCCUGUGGAAUCAAAAAUUAAGGUCCGUCCUGCCCAGAAUGAUUUCACGUCUAUUUUAGACACAACCCAAUUUGAUCUGCAAAGGAUUGCUUCCGGUUUCAUUCCCAGCAGCCAUCUAACGUCCAAUCUCAGAAAUCAGUACAACAGAGCAGCCGAUACAUCGGCACAGUCUUCGUCUAUGGCCACCACCACCACCUACCACAAUAUCACUCUGCUAAGUCCGCAAGGAUAUUGCCAAGCAGAUGAAGCUGAAUACGUAGAAAUAAUUAAGUUCAUAAGCAAAUUCAAUCAAAUGUGGAUUAUUGCAGCAUUUUUAAAUAGAGAAUAUCAAGAGCUACAGAUCAAUUGA